AUGGCAUUCGCAUCGGGCACCGCAAUGUAUCCUGAGAGUGAUGCUGACGACGAAUACGAGCGAAGCGUCCACGACUCGUCUCCUAUCCUCGCAACAGAUUCUGAGGCGACAGAUUCCAAUCCCUCCUCGAACGAGCAUACGCCAACGACAUACGGCGCUCCUGGAUCAGGAGAUAGACUACCCGAGACGAUAAUAACGGAAUGGACUGCAGACGAAUGCGCGGACUUUGUAGGAAGCCUGGGGUUGCAACAAUACGUAGACCAGUUCUUAGAGAACGAAAUCGUUGGGGAGGCUUUGGUAGCUCUGCAACAUGAUGAUUUGAAGCAGAUGGGGGUAACCAGCGUUGGGCAUCGACUCACGAUUUUGAAAAGCGUUUAUGAUAUCAAGACCAAGCAGGAUAUACCCUUAGAGAGUGACCACUACGUCCCGUUGUCGGCAGAUGCGGAAGCGCAGUAUGCAACAGCAACCUUGAAAGAUAUUCGGCACCUGGUGGAACAAUUACGGUUACGAGACGAGAGAAUGAGUAUUGCAGAGAUGGAGCUUCGCAGAAUAAGCUCGGAAUAUGCUAGACUACGAGAGGACCUACUUCCAGUCUUCAGGAUGGCCAAGGAAGGACAACCACUGCCUUAUCUUGCUUCGGAAUCUAACAACCAAGCCUCCUAUCCUUAUGAUACGCAAAACACCAUCUCACCACCAGCGCCAACACCUUCAUCCACUCAAUCUGGUGGCGGCUUAUCUCGAAAGUUUUCUACCAAGAAGCUCUUCUUCGAUAAUCAAAAAACAUCAUCUCCCACAUAUAUGCAGUCCACGCAGGAAAGGUCUCUCAUGGAACAAGCUUUGGAUCCUGCGAAUGCUGCAGAACGGGCAGUUCUCUCAUCAUCACAUCUGGCUGCUAUGAAUGGCGGCUCCCAGCCAUCAACUUCGCCAGGAUAUCCGUCACCGAAUCAACCAUCACCGACCUCGCCUCCUACGUUGGGAGGCUCAACACUCGCCUCCCGCUCUUAUCGCUCCGACCAGCCGACUCCGGCACGAAGUACAUUUCAGCAAGACAACGACCAGUACCAAGCUUCUACAUACUCCCGCGACAGUCAAAAGCCUGCGCCAUCGCGGCGAGCCCAAACCCCUGCGCUCGAUACUCCCUCAUCAAACGGUUCUGUCGAGAUAUUCAAGUCUUUCCGAGUCAGUAUGGAAGAUCCAUGCUAUAAAGUUCUGCCUGCAGCAUUGAAGAAAUACAAUAUCAAUGCGCCUUGGGAGCAAUACGCGCUAUAUAUUGUGUACGGAGACAAGGAACGGUGUUUAGGGAUGGAUGAGAAGCCAUUAAUAUUGUUCAAGCAAUUGGAUAAGGAAGGAAAGAAGCCCAUGUUUAUGCUCCGGAAAAUCAGCCCCAACGCAGAUACCCAGUCAGGUGAAGGUCCCGGAAGUGCAGGUCUAGAUCGGAACAUCGGAAGAGGAAUGCAAGCUGGGUACGAUCCACCAGGCGGUAUCAUCUGA